UUUUGGAACCGCGGGAAAUUGAAACUAAAUCGAUAGCCGCACGAUCGAUCAUCAAAAUAAACGUUUCGUGGAGUCAUUCAUUACCAGUGCCAAUGCCCAGAGAGCAGGAUGGAGAUCAAUGUGGGAGAUAUUCCGCACUGUGAGGAGCAGCUGAAGACAACACUGCACUGUGAUGACAAGGAGAAGCUUCGUAGGAAGUUGGCACUGUUACAGAGGGAAUAUCUGAGGACGGCCCAGCGACUACAGCGUGCUGAGCGUUCAGAAGUGGUACGGAGACAUGUGAGGAGUAGGAUUGAACAGCAGAACCACCAGGACAAGAGGGAUCCAGAGGUGACGUCAAACCCCUGUCAUAACCCAACUUCAUUGUCUCUGAACGUUAGCAAUGGGACAGCCUCAGGUGUACCUCAGUGCCAGGAAUCCAAUGGAGGUACCACAGAUACUGAGAACCCCAGGAGGAGUCAGGUGAUCAGGUUCCUGCUUCCCUCUGAUGAUGCUUGCCCACAAACACCGGAUUCCAGUAAUGACUCCGCUAGAGGUCAUAGGCCCAGUCCUGCGCUGCGCCUCAGGUCGCGUAGCAGCCGGCUUCGCUGGGAAAGGAGGAGUGCUGCUGAGGCUGGAAGGAGCACAAACGACACUGAGGAGGGACUGGAGCAGAGUGAAAAGAUGGAGAGUCCUAGAACAAUACGAGGUGAAGAGAGAGGCACCACAGAAGGAGCAGAGGUUGUGUAUGAAAGUGAAGAGCUGAUUUCUAGUGCAAGAUCGGACUCCCCCUCUCUGCUGCUGCCACACUGGAACACAUGUGGAGAAACUGAAGCUGGAAACAUGGAGGGACAAGAGGCACAGGGGCAACAAGAACACAGGGAGAAAGAAUCAGAAGGGGGAAUAGAAUCAACCUUUUUGCCGCUCACAUGUCGGGACCCUGCUUUGUACCCUGGCGGGAGGAAACAAACUGAGACAAAAAAUGGAAAAGGGAAGGAGACAGAAGGGGAAAAUGGUAGAAGCAAUAGGGACGGGGCACUGUGUGAAGACAGCAGUGAAAAAGAUACUGAACCAAACGCAGCAGUGAAAACAGAAAGUGCAAGAAGUCAUCAUAACAGCCUGGAAGUCAAAGAAACCUGUGAGAGGGUUGGAGCACAGCAGAAUGUAAAGGGUGUAGGUAUCCUUGACUCCUGCACCUUAGUGGAGGGACUGCUUUUCCCAGCGGAGUACUACGUCAGAACCACAAGACGUAUGACUUCUUCACACAGCCAGCCAGACAUGCAGGCUGUCAUACACACCCAGCUGGGAAUCGGGCGACCUCGCAGGAGCCGGGGCAAUGGAAGAGGACUGAACAAGCGCACACACAACCGUGAAGGGUCAGAUAAACUGUCUCAGACAAGUUUUUCCUCACCGACGACGGCAUCUCCGGCUGUAGGUCCUUGUACAGAAUCACCUGCUGUUGGAACACCUACUGAGCUGAUCAGUCAGAGUUCCAGUGAGAUUUCAGAUCAAGUGGUCUCAGCAGAUACAUUAUUUUCUCCUAAGGUCACCGCUGUUCGUCCAGCAAGAGGGAGGCGGAGAAGAAGAGGCAGAGGAAGAGGAAGAGGGAGACCUCAGACCCCACGGAGCUCUUUUAAUUUAGAUACCAGUAAUCUAGAUCCUCUGCAAAUUCCAAAUGAUCUUCAGCUUACAAGCUCCCUGGUCUCUGCAUCCCCAUCUCUCCAUGGUCCAGCUGUUGGAUCACAGCCCCUCCGCACACAAGGAGAAGCAGUUUCAGUGACAGACCAACCUGAGCCUGCCUACGUCUACCCUAUCUUUCUGAAGAGCAGUGGCAGGACUAACAGAACUACACAGCUGAAUGGAAGCUCAGAAAACAGGCAAUCUCUCCUCCUGCCGUCCUCUUCACCGUCCCAAACAUCUCUGCUUCCUCUCCCCUCUCUGUCCUCCGGCCCACUGGCCAACAACCUGAUCAACUUUGACGUUCAUCAAGACUUCCAUCUCCCCGAUGACCAGUUUGCCUCCCUGAAGCUGCACAAGCUUCGCCGAGUCGCGGUGGAAUCGGGAAUUGAACAUUUUACAUCACCGUCUUACAACACACGCAGUAGCACACGGCACUGUGUUGCUCCCCCCCGCAGCCCGGUGAUGCCUCUUCCAAUGGCGCUUAGCCUCACACCUGUAAUUAAAAACUCAACACCUACCACUCAAGCAGAACGAGUUGCCACGCAGUCCGGAGACCUCCAAAACGUGUCGACGCAACAACCUUUAAUCGACGAGUCAUCCGAUCAAGAAAACCCCAAAAAGCAGAAAACUGAAAUCCUCCAACCAGAGAGUCAGACACACACCUGCUCAACAGAGUCUGCGUCAGUGGUUCAAGAGUUUGCUGCUGAUUCUGCUGACCAAUAUGAAGAGGAAGAAUCUGAUCUAAAGACUGACUUUGCAGAGAGUGUUACAGGAACUGUUAAAGAUGAUGUCUUUGUGCAUUCUUAUGAACUUCAAACAAAAGACUCGUCUGUCCCCUUGUUAGAUGAACAAACAGAUUGUCCUGGUGUAGCUCAGGUUUUGAGGGAUGAGAGGUCACCCACCUUACCCACACAUCACCAAACUAAAACAGACGAGGAAAACGUCGUCAAAACUCUUUUCUUUGAUUCCCCUCGGCGAAAAACCUCAGCACGGCCUUCUACAAACUUGACUGCAUGUAGUGAGUCGCCUGUGCAGCGUCUCAAUGUAAGAUCUCCUGCCAGAGAUUUAAACGAGUCCCCUGAAUGCCCCACAAGUCCUCCCAGAGUCCUCAAUGUCCAAGCCCAGCUCCUAUUCAGUCCUCUUCUUGCAUCAGCACCGGGCCGAUUCACAACCCCACACUCUUCUCUCCUCGCUACCAGCCCAUCAUUUCCAUCCUUAGGACCCACCCCUUACCCUGCCCCUGCUGCCCUCCCUCUGUCUUCGUCCGCAUCUGCCCCAGCCCUCACACUGCCUCCCAGUCACAGCCCAUCCACUCAGGCCCUCUCCCCUCCUGUUCUCUCUCCCCGUCUGUCCCCGACUUGUGUCCCUCCCAGCCAGCCCCCAAACUCCCCUGCCCCUAAAAUCCAGGUUUCACCGGGGAUGUCAGAGAGGGUGGAACCUGCUACCUGCCCGUCUGUCUCCAGCAUCCACCAUCAUGGCUUAGGUGUGCAGGCUGGCAUGACGAUAGAGGACACAGCAGAGGGCAACACUUUAAGAUGUGUGCACACUCUGAAGGCCCCAGCAGGAGGCUGCCUGGUGGAUGUGUGCUGUCUGCCCGGACCCUCAAGUGGUUUUUGUGUAGCAGCAGCAGGAAAGUGGGCUGUUUGUCUGUGGAGUCAGACUGCAGCCUCUGACUGGAGCCUAACACACACCUGGGCCUUCAAUGAGCCAGUGAUCAAUGUGUUUUCCGUCCCUGAUGCUGCUGGGCUGAUGUGUGUGACUCUGGGACAGUUAGAGAUAAAAGAAGUGAGGAUGCUCUCAUGCUCCAGCCUCUCUCAGGUGUUGCUCUGUGCGGGGCCGGUCCAGGCUGUUGUGUGUGUUUCCAGAUCCAGAGUGGUUACCUCCUCUCACUCGGCGUGUGGCUCCACCCUGCAGGUGUUUACACUGUUAGACAGUGGCAGCACAUGGAGCUCUCAGCUGCUGGUGUCUCCUGGUGUUUGUGUCGGGGCCAUCGCUCCAGUGAACGGACUCUUAGAUGCUCUGAUUGGCACAGAUGAAGGUGGAAGUCUCCUCAUCUGGAAUUUAAAGACAGGACAGCUGCUCAGGAGAAUAACCCUGACUGAUGGUUUAUCACACACAGCUUGUCUCAGAGGAUACUCCUACUGUGGAGUGUUAUUUGUCCUGCUGCAGCAUCAGUUUCUGACCUCCCUGGAGGAAGCAGAAAGAGAGACCGAAGAAGAAGAUCAAAUCUUCUCGGAAGAGGAAGUAGCAAGGAGGAAGAGCAUCCUAUUCUCCCUGGUCGCCGUGAACCCUCUGACUGGAAAAUCUGUGGUUGCCACUCGGCUGUAUCCGCCCAAAGCGUGGUCCGGCAGGCUGUGUGAGGCUGACGUUAGCAGCUCCAGCGUGGUGGGCCUGAGUCAGAGUGGCUGCGUGUGUGUGUGGGAGCUCCUUCACCCGGGCGGCUCCAGGAUGGUGUGGUCUCCUGAGAGUGAAGGCUGGCAGCUGGCUCGAUGGGGCGGAGAAGGUACUCUGGUGACCGGACAUCACAACGGAGACGUUAGUUUACACUGCUACUACAGCAGUCAGACACUUCUCUCUCACCCUAACAUGAAACACUCUCUUGUCAAAUAAAACAGAUGAAUGUUGACAUGAAGAUUUUAGCAAUGCUUCAGUUUAGACACACCUUUUAAAAUACUUUGCACCUAAGUGAAAAGCAAAGAGGAUCUGUGGCUUCAAUAAAGAAUUUUAUCCCAGCAAGUACAGGAGAGACUCUGUAACUUGAAGGCCACAGUUCAUUGAUAUACUGUAAACAAUUCAGUUGUAAGAGUUCUUCUACUUCAUGGUGUCUUUUUACUGUGACUUCAUUCUGAAAACUACUGUUGUGUUUUAUUACUGCUGCUGUUUGACUGUUUCCGACAGUGUUUAAAUGUUAUAUUUCAUAUUUAAAGAAAAGAAAGGCUUGCCACAAUGUGUUUUUAUUACUGACAUUAAAAGUUUCUGUAUUCUGUUA